UCUUGCUUCCUACCCUGCUACAGAUCCUGGGACUGUUCACUGCCUGAAGCCAGAUAUCCUGUUUACGGGAAAGCAAGUCGCCUCUCUUUCCCCACCAUCUGUUGCGUUCAUCGUUAGCUAAUCUCACACUCAUUCCAAACUUCCCACAAGAAAUCAUGUUCCCCUGGAACUCAACUUGACAGAAAGAUCACUUUAAAAAAAAGUCGGCGCAAACCUUACUCCAAUUUUUGGUUGGAGUUGAAUCAUCACUUCAUUUGCCCUCCAUCGAAGCACAACCUUACUGUAUCGUAUAGCAACACCGAAAAUAGUCUACCCCUCUUUACCGUUUGAAACCAGACCCCGACUUGUUGAUAAACCCUGUUCCUGAGAGCUUCCUUCAUGUAUACGUCGAACGCCAGCUUCCCAACAAACCGACCACCAUUACUCCUCCUCACCUUAGAAUUAAAGUUCCCCCUCCUCCCUAAGCCGUCCCCGCCCUUUGCCCCCGGUCACCAGUCCCUAGCACGCCAUGGCGGAGCUCCAAUUUGAGAUCACCGACCUCGACCACGACCACCAGGUCAACGGUAACUACAAUGGAAAUCAUAAUCACAGUAGCGACGAGGACGAGGAGAUGCUCAUCGAGCCCCUGAUCGACUUCUUGCUCAAGGAGCCGACGACACACAGUACCCCGAUUAAGAAUGAGAAUAUCAACAAGACCAAGAAGAGAAGCCCCACAUGCGCCAAGCUGAAGUGGAAGUGGGCCUUCCAGCAGGUGAGGAAGAUGAACGAUCCCUGGAAGGAGUUUCACCUGGAGGAUCUCCCCAUAGACACGGCCAUCAGACAUCGCUACAACGCCGUCGAGAAGACCUGGGUCCAGGAUGAAGUCCAGGUCAAGAUGGGUUCAGAGUCUUUUGCACAUGGAGCCAUGCGAGAGUGUUUUAGAAUGAAGAAGAAGUCUAACUUCAGCAAGCACCACCAGUGGAAGAACUCGGGUAACUUUGUCGCUAAGCGUUACAUGGAGACGGUGGAAAGAGACGUCUAUUUUCAAGAUGUCCGUCUUCAGAUGGACGCCAAGAUCUGGGGAGAGGAGUUCAACCGCCACAAUCCUCCAAAGAAGGUGGAUAUCUUUCAGAUGGCUGUCCUGGAGUUCAUGAAUCGACCUGGUAAGCCUCUCUUCCAUUUGGAGAGCUACAUAGAGGGCAAAUACAUCAAGUACAACUCAAACUCUGGAUUUGUCAGGGACGAAGCACUCCGAAAAACACCACAGGCAUUCAGCCACUUCACAUUUGAGAGGUCCGGUCACAAGCUCAUCGUUGUAGACAUCCAAGGUGUUGGCGAUCUGUACACCGAUCCUCAAAUCCACACCUCUACCGGUACGGAGUACAACGAGGGUAACCUCGGCAUGCGCGGGAUGGCGCUCUUCUUCGCCACCCAUGCCUGCAACGAGAUCUGUGACCAUCUGGAGCUGACCCAGUUUGACCUCCACUGCUCUGAGUUCACGGAACAUGAGAAAUACGUGAAACUGCAGAAAAAUUCUGGGACCAUCUGCCGAGGUACCGAGAACCGCGUCUUCAAACCUCGCGCAAGGCCCUCCAUCUCCCCUCUCGACAUGACCCAGUUCGUCGUUUUCGAGCGGUCCAACUCGCAGAUGUCGACGGGCUCCAGCGUGGUCCUGUCUCCGCUUGCCGAAUCGCCUCCGAGGCGCAUUUCCUUCCAGGAGCUCCCUUCAUCACCUGACGAUGUCGCCAUGUCGAUGUCUCCACCUCCAAGCGUGCUCAAUCAGUUCCAAAGAAGGACGGCACGUUUUAGGUUGGACUCGGAGAGCGAGAGCGAAACGCUGUCUCACGAUGAUGAAAAAAGGGCAAAAUUUCUGGAAAGAAAUGUGAACCACAGACCAUCCUGUGUGAACCUGGAGGUUCAGCUGCGAAAGACUAUGCUGGUGACCAGUACUGGAGGCUCUAUCUUAGGACAGAUUCAUCUGGACAUGGCUAAGUACCACGAGAUGGGCCGCUUCGCUCCCGAUGACAACAGCCGUAACAUGGAGGCUGCCCUCUACCAUCUGCGUCACGGUGCGGACUGCGGAGUCCUGGAAGCUAUCAUUGCCAUGGCUAGGAUCUGCCUACAGCUAACCCACGAUGUUCUCACCGAGGUGUCUGUACCGAGUGAUGAUGAAGAUUAUAUGAACGAGGGAAUGGACUACAUGGAGACGGCUGCAGAGGCAGGGGACAGGGCAGCCAUACUGUUUGUAGCCAGAGCAUACGACACCGGUCACAACCUGGGAACUGCUAGGACGAAAUCGUGGUUGGAGGCCAUGCACUGGUACGAGGAAGCGGUCAACACGGAGAAGGUCGAUGAAGACGGCCAUUAUGAUUCCACCAUGGACGAUCCUAACUACCUGCUCAGUGCUAGGAUGGCAGAGAUGUAUCGGGCCGGCGGACCGGACCUCGACAAGAACCCUGAGAAAGCUGCUGAGCUUUACAACGAAGCUGCAGAGGGCGCAAUUGCUGCCAUGAAAGGCCGCCUCUCCAACAAGUACUACAUGCUCGCUGAGGAGUGUUAUGGUGAAAUGGAGGAGGAGUGAAAAGGCUCAUUGAACAGCCUCAUCACGUGUCGGGUAUAUUGUAUUCAUCCUCCAGUGGUCCCCCCACUAUAUGACAAACUAAGUUUGGUGUACUUGUAUGUCUUGUCUAUGAAUGGAAUUCUUUAAUAAAUUGAUCUUCAUAUUUGUAAAAUCAAGUUCUUUGGUUUGUAAAGACUUAUGAAUGAUCAAACUUUUUUCUUUUUACUUCUUUUAAAAAUUAUCAUUGUUUCUUGAAAUUUUGACUGCAAAAACAGCUCAUUGACACAUUCCUCCUUUUUUAUUUUUUUGUAUUCAUUCAUUGCAAUCUGUCUUAAAGACGUGCAAACUAUAACUUCAUCUGUCACAGCACAAUUUAUAUUUCAUGUAUAUCAUUUUCAGCAAUAGCUAUUUGAUGGGAAAAGGCAAAGUUUGAUGACUUUUAGUUGGGUCAUAUGAUCCAUAUCAAUAGCCCAAAAGUUUGAAUUUAGUUUUGAUUCAUACAAGGAUAGAGAAGACUACGCACACUGUAGAUUAUCUGAAUUUCUGAAAAAGUUUGUUCAUGAAAAUUUGUCAUUUUUCUUUUGAGGCAACUUGGCUGGUUCAUUUGCCUCAAAGUUGAUGAAAUUUCUGUAUGGGACAUUGCACGCUGUCACUGAACAUAGUUAGUUUGGUGUAUAUGCGAUGUGUAUAAUAUUCAAUAUUUGUCAUUUUUCAAGUUUAUGUUUGAAGAAAAAAAGUUCAACUUUUGUUGUAUUUUUAGUCCACCUCCAAGGCAUUAAUGUAUGGUCUGUACAUAUCUAUGUUGUAAAUAUAUUGUCAUUUAACAUUUAGUUUAACAUUUCAAGUUUAACCUUACUUUGUUUCAAAAUGGAGGUGUUUUUGAUUAGGUAGCACAAGCAAGCUAACAGUUUCAAAAACAUUAGUGAGUAUUAUGUCAAUGACUUUUAAAUGUGUAAGAAACGGAAGAGACAACAAAGAAAAUCAUGAAAAUGUACAUGAAAUAAAGUAUUGGUGUGGUAACAAUUAUAAUUUGGGCGAUAAAUGAUUACUUAAAAUAACACUCCAAUAUGUUUAACAUAAACUGGAUAAGAUAAAUUUAUUUUUGUGAAAAUAAUGUGACCUUUGUUAAUAAUAUUGAAUAUUUCAUGGUUCAAAAUCAUCAUUUCAUUAUUAAAAUUGUUGUAUUCUCGAAAACACAAUACUUUAUGAUAUAUAAGUAUAGUUUUUCGCCAACAAGAUUAGGGCAAGGUUGUAAGUGCGUAUUAAUAUAUACCUGUCUAAGGAUUCUCAAGUUGUACAUAUGAUAACUUAUAUCUCGUAAUGCCUACCUCACUGUGUAACACAGCUCAUUUAGAAAACAACUCAUUAUAACUCAACUGAUAUCAGGGUAGUAAAUCAUUAAGCUGGGAAGAAAUUUUUGUUUUAAAUAUUUUGUUUACCGUAAUUCUUUUCAUCUUGAUAUAUCCAGUAUUUAAUCAUAUUGUUUGAGUGAAAUUGGGAUUUUUGAACAUGAAAGUGAAAUGCACAGGGAAUAAUUCAACAUAUCUAGAAAAAAUAACAAGAUUUGAAAUUCAGGGAGA